AUGGAUGCAAUUCCUAUUGUUCUUGAUUGUGGCGGAUCCAUUAUAAAAGCAGGAUUUGGCGGUGAUUCAGAGCCAGGAAUUGUAUUUCCAUCAACUGGGCCGAAAUUAAAGAAAGACAUUGAAUCUGGUUUUGAUGAUAAACGAUAUAUUUCAAAAUUCGGUCCUACAUUUAGAUCUCCGAUAGAAAACAGAGUCAUUACUAACUUUGAUAAUAUGAAACGAAUUUGGCAAGAGCUUUUUACAGAACAACUUCAAAUUCAACCAGAGCAACAUCCAUUCCUCGUUGCAGAUUCAGCUUUAAAUUCACUCGAAAACAGACAGCAAACACUACAAAUAUUCAUGGAAGAAUAUAACGUACCUUCAUUUUGUCCAGCAUUUGCCUCUUCCUUAGCAUUAUACAAUGCCGGUUAUACAUCUGGAAUUGUUGUUGAUUCCGGUGAAUCAAAUACUGACAUCAUUCCAGUAUUCGAAUGCUUUACAUUAACUCAUCUUGUUUCUAGACUUGAUGUCGGUGGCAAACACGUUAGUGAGUAUCUUAAAAAACUAUUAAAUCAGCAAGGUAUCGUGCUCCCAGGACCUACAGAAAGAGAAAUCCUACGCGAAGUCAAAGAACAAAUUGGAUUUGUUCGAGGAGAUCCAUCUCCAUCAGAUGAUGAAGAAAAAAUCUUCCUUACACAUGAUGGCAUACAGUUAUGUAUCGGAAGACCAAGAUAUCAAUGCACAGAAGUCAUGUUUGACCCGAAUCUUCUUGGAUUACAAUGCCAAGGAGUCCCUAAGGCAAUUAUAGAUGUUCUUAAGGUAUCAGACCAAGAUAUAGUUGAUGUUUUAGCUGAUAAUGUAUUGUUAUCAGGCGGAAAUACUUGUAUUCAAAGAUUUACUGAUCGUGUUGAGAAAGGAAUUCUUAUUCAUAACUCAACACAACUAAAAGUGAAUGUAAACUCUCCUCCAAAUAGAAGAUUCGCAAGUUGGGUUGGAGGUUCAAUUUUAUCAUGCGUUGAUACAUUUAAAGAUCUGUCAGUUACAAGAGAAGAAUACCAAGAAACAGGUUUAUCUAUCCUUGAACUCAAAUCUUAUUAA